AUGUCACCAUCAUCGCCGCUCACGCCAACGCGACCCACAAAGAGUAUUUGGAUAGCUGAUCAGACUGCUCAAGGCACGAGUGCUGUGCUCAAUGAUGAGAUGCUCGGUAACGAACCGCAUUGGUUCGACCAUUCCAGAGAUAUCCUCUGUAUGGUCGAUACUUUCCGCUUAAGCAUGACGAAACCGAUCAUCGGCAUCGGGCAUUCAAUGGGAGCGUCGCAGCUCGUGGCAGCGGCUCACUUUCAUCCUGGACUGCUUGACGCGCUGGUUAUGGUGGACCCGCCGAUAUUCAUGACACGAUCUCCGUCCACCAAAGCAAUGCUUAGGUACUGUUUCCGCAAGCCCGAAGCGUAUGCACCUCGACAAGCUGCAGAGGAGGCGACGAGAAGAAGCCCGUUCUUCAAGACCUGGGACAAACAAGUUCUGCAGAGGUUUCUCGAGACGGUCUGGGGAGACGGUCCGACAGUCACGGUUCCUGAUGACAACUCGACCAAACCUACAACGCCACUGCAUAUGCAGGUUCGAGGACUGAUCAAGCCGAAUCCUGAUCACAUCACGGUCGCACAACCCGUGGACGAGGACCAACGGUAUACGCAUCCUGAUAUCCAGCCUACAGCCCCUGUGACCUGGCCAUUCUACAGCCCUCACUCUCAAGUCGCAUACAGGUUCCUCUCCACACUACGACCACCUGCGCUUUUCCUGCUAGGCGAAGGCAGUCAAUUAUGCGAUGCCGAGGAGCUCGUCGACCGCACCAAUGCCACUGGAACCGCUCCUGGUGGUAGUGGGGGCAUUACAGCCGGGAGAGUCAAGUCCGUGACAAUUCCGGGAGGUCACUUCCUGCCCAUGACUAAUGUAGCUGGGACUGCGGAAGGGACGAGCAGGUGGUUGGCAGAGCAGAUUGGACAGUGCCAGAAACGCGAAGAGGCGUUCAAGCAGCGGUGGGAAGUGAAGAGCUUGGCUGAGAAGCAGAGGUUGGAUGGUCGAGUACAGGAGCAGUUGAAGAACUGGGAUGGUAGGCCGUCGGUGAAGCCGAAUCAAGUAGAGGCUCUGAUACGAGGCCGGUUGCGAGGGCUGUGUCGGAGUGCAGUGAGACUACUCACAGCCAUCCAUGAUCCAUCUCGAUUCACAUUUCACGGCAAUAGAGAUAGGUAUUAG